AUGUCAGCUUUGCUUAACGCUACACAGCAGCUAAUGACGGCAUCAAAAGAGGGUGAUGAGGACACUAUAAAGCUGCUGAUUGAGAACGGGUGUGAUGUUAAUGCUAUCGACAGUGAAGGAUGCAAUCCUUUAAUGCUCGCCUCCUUUAACGGACAUGAAAAACCGUUAGAGCUUCUUAUUAAAAGUGGAUGUGAUUUUAAUGCCUUCAAACGUGAUGGGUUUAACGCAUUAAUGAUGGCCUGCGAAAAAGGACAUGAUAAGUGUGUAGAGCUUCUGAUUAAAUAUGGCUGUCAUGUUAACGCUACCAACAGCGAGGGUUGCAAUGCUUUAAUGCUUGCUUCAGUAUACGGGCACGAGAAAACUCUAGAAUUGCUAAUUAAAAGUGGAUGUGAUGUUAAUGCAGUAAAAUGUGAUGGGUUUAACGCCUUAAUGCUAGCGAGCGAAAAGGGACAUCUCAAAUCUGUCGAGCUUCUUGUUAAUAAUGGAUGUGAGGUUAAUGCUGUUGAUAGUGAAGGAUGCAAUUCAUUGAUGCUUGCUUCAAUAUAUGGACAUGACACUAUUCUUAUGCAGCUAAUAAAAGAUUCCUUUUAUCACUACCCAGUACCAAAAAUUUGGAAACUAGGCAGGCAAAUGGGACGAGGUUCCUUUGGUGAAGUAUGUGUGCUGAUAGAUGAAAACAACCCAAAUGAUGAAAAAUUUGUCGUUAAGAAACAGAACGUCGAAGAGGCCAAAAAAGAUAAAAAUAAAAACCUUUUAGAGUUGCAAAUUUUAUUAAAAAUAGAGCAUAAAAGAAUCGUGUCAUUUUAUGGAUUUAUUUUUGAAGACAAUUACCUUAACCUAAUAUUUGAAUGCCUAAAAAAAGGUACUUUAAGAAAUUUUGUUCACUGUAAUCAUCCGCUAACAGAAGUUAAAAUAAAACGUUUUACAAGACAAAUACUAGAGGGCCUAUCAUAUUUACACAACUGUAAACCUAAGAUUAUACACAGAGAUAUCAAAGGUUCGAACAUUUUUCUUGAUGAUGAAGAAAAUAUCAAACUCGCAGACUUUGGACUUUCUCGACUAAUCACAUUGUCCAGUGCUCCAAAAACUGAUGGUGUUGGAACAAACAAGUGGAUGGCGCCUGAAGUGAUGGAUCCAAAUAAUGAAACGUACGAUGAAAAAGCUGACAUAUGGAGUACUGGGUGCACAGUGGUUGAAAUGGCAACAAAAGAACCACCGUUUGCUGAAUUAAACAACGCCCAGGUUAUAAUAGUUGUAGCUGUGAACAAAGUUAAACCGAAAUAUGAUUUACCGGAAAAUUCAUCAGAAGAGCUAAAAAUGUUGUUGAAAACUGUUUUCAAAUUUAAACCAGAUAAAAGACCUUCAGCGGACAAGAUAUUAAACAUGGAUUAUUUUAAGGAGACUCAGCCCUAA